UUUGGAAGACAUAGGAUUGACGUCAUGUAGUGUGGAGGGAGGUGGUGCCCAAACAUGGCGUCAGUUUUGUCAGUGACAGGUUCGUGAGGUUCAGUAAUAGGGAACCAAGAACCGGCUCCUUUCGGGAGCGCUAGGGUUGUCACAGCCCGGGAUAUCAUAUGGAACUAAACAUGGAAAAUAUGGAGACGCUGACGGAACUCGGAGAUGAGCUCACCCUAGGGGAUAUUGACGAAAUGCUGCAGUUUGUCAGUAACCAGGUGGGUGAUUUUCCAGACCUGUUUGAAGAGCAGCUGUGCCAGAGUUAUCAAGGAAAUAAUGCAAUGGAGACAGCCUUACCCAAAGCUUAUAACCAGGCACCGCAGCAGCCAUAUACUACUUCAACACCUCAGCCUCAAACGUUACCUGUAAAAGCCCCCUCACAAGUAACACCCCAGAGAACCGCACCUCUUCUCCAGCCCAGACCCGUGAUUCAGUCUUCUCCUCAGCCUCAGCUGCAGCAACAGACAGUGAUGCUCACCCCAAAUUUCAGCACUGCCCCACAGACCCGAAUCAUACAGCAGCCACUCAUCUAUCAGAAUGCUGCUACAAGUUUUCAGGUGCUGCAACCUCCAGUUCAAAGUCUAAUGACAACACAGCAGAUGCAGCCUGUCACAAUUCAGCAGCAAGUACAGACAGUCCAGGCCCAGAGAGUCCUAACUCAAGCAGCUAAUGGUACAAUCCAAACUCUGACCCCAGCAACUACUGUUCAGACCGUUACCCCUCAGGUCCAGCAAGUUCCUGUGCUUGUGCAGCCACAGAUAAUCAAAACUGAGUCUUUGGUGCUUACUGCAGUGAAGGCAGAUGGCAGCCCUGUGAUGACAACUAUGCAGAAUCCAGCAAUAACAACACUUGCUACUCCUAUACAGACUACAGCUCUCCAGGUACCUACCCUUAUGGGCAGCAACGGGACUAUUCUAACCACAAUGCCAGUAAUGAUGGGACAGGAAAAAAUGCCCAUAAAACAAGUUCCAGGAAGUCUAAAGCAGCCAGAGGUGCCGAAGGAAGGCGAGAGGAGAACAACUCACAACAUAAUAGAAAAAAGGUAUCGAUCAUCCAUCAAUGACAAAAUUAUCGAGCUGAAGGACCUGGUCAUGGGCACUGAUGCCAAGAUGCACAAAUCAGGGGUCCUAAAGAAGGCUAUUGAUUAUAUAAAAUACUUGCAACAAGUCAACCAGAAACUGCGUCAGGAAAACAUGGCUUUAAAACUAGCCAACCAGAAAAACAAAUACUUAAAAGGUAUUGAUCUUAGCAGUCUGGUGGAUACAAGCAUUGGAAUGAAGAUGGAUGAAUUCAAUCAAAACAUUUUGAUGAUGUCUCCUCCAGCAUCGGAUUCUGGUUCCCCUGCUGUGUUCUCUCCAUAUUCUGUGGAUUCUGAACCAGGGAGCCCUCUUUUGGAUGAUGAAAAGGUUAAAGAUGAACCAGACUCACCCACAGGACUGGGUAUGAUGGACCGCUCCCGGAUGCUUCUCUGCACCAUGACAUUUCUUUGCUUGUCCUUCAAUCCCCUGACAUCUUUGUUACACUCUGAAAGUGGCCAGUAUACUGAGAGAGUGCAACAUGGAACAGGGAGAACCAUGCUUGGUAUUGAAACGUCAGGUUUUUAUGGCAGCUGGUUUGAUUGGCUUAUACCCACAUUAAUCCUUUGGCUUGUUAAUGGAGUGAUUGUUCUCAGCGUCUUCAUGAAACUGCUUAUCCAUGGAGAGCCUGUGACCCGUCUACAUUCCCGCUCAUCCGUCAAAUUCUGGAGACACCGCAAGCAGGCAGAUUUGGAUCUUGCUAAGGGGGAUUUUGGUGCCGCAGCAAUAAACCUGCAGACAUGCUUGUGUGUUUUGGGACGCUCAUUACCUGCCUCACGGUUUGAUCUGGCAUGCAGCCUUUCUUGGAACAUCAUUCGGUGUAGCCUGCAAAAGAUCAGCCUUGUCCGUUGGCUGCUAAAACACUCCCCUGGGUACUGCAAAAAAGCAGAGUUUCAGGAUGAGGCAACAACCAGUGCAAGGGAUGCUGCCCUAGUAUACCAUAAACUGCACCAAUUGCAUCUGACAGGGAAGCUGCCAUCUAAUUGGAAUUGUUCAGGUCUCAACCUUGCUCUCUGUGCUGUAAACCUGGCCGAAUGUGCUGGCAACAAGAUCUCUCCAAAUUUACUUGCAGAAAUCCACCUAACUACAGCCAUUCAAAUGAAAACCAGUUUCCCAAGUAGAUUCCGCUUUCUUACUGCAUAUUUCCUUGGCUGUGCCCAAAAUGCUUCUUCUGAGGAAUCUCUUCCUGACCCCGUGCGAUGGCUUGCGCAUCCUUUGGGAAAAUACUUUUUCAUCAAUUCUAACUGGGCUCUGAAGAGUGUGACUAAAGACUCUCUUUACACCUCAACAAGAAACCCAGCUGAUCCAGUUACACAGAUUCAUCGUGCUUUUUGUGAGUCUCUGCUGGAAAAAGCAAUGUACACCAUGGCGAAACCAGAAACCAGUAAAGCACCCCCUGAAGAGGAGAGUUGUGAGUUUUCCAGAGCUCAGGAAUAUUUAAAACUUCUCAGUGGGUUUGCAGAUUCAGUGGGAAACAUUGCCUCUCUUCCCCUCAGUGGAUCUUCCCCCAUGUCAUCUGCAGAUCCUAUCUGUCGCUGGUGGUAUUCUGUAUCUUCCAUGGCUAUUGGCUGGUUACAAGGGGAUGAUUCUGUGGUGAAAUCACACUUUGCAGAAGUAGAAAGAAUUCCUAAGCUCCUUGACUCUGAUAACCCUCUGGUGAAAGCAGUGAUCCAUAUGUGCAGAGCCAUGCAAGCAGCUGUACUUGGCAAAUGUGAUGGCCCACAGAGCUCAUUCUAUCAUUGUGAGAAAGCCAGCACAUUCUUGUGGAACAGUCUUAAUAUGAGCAGCACUGGCUCAUAUGCAAAUCUCAACAAGGUGGUGCAGCUUUUAAUUUGCGACCUUCUGCUUUCAUUGCGCACUUCCUUAUGGCAGAAACAGUCCUCCUCUAGUCCAGCAGCCGGAGAAUCUAUUCAUGCACCCACUUCUGUCCUAACAGGAUUCCAGCGUGAUCUCAGCAGCCUGCGCCGUUUGGCUCUCACCUUUAAACCUGCCCACUGCAAGCUUUUCCUUCAUGAAGCCACAGUACGAUUGAUGGCCGGUGCAAGUCCAACCCGUACACAUCAGCUUCUGCAACACAGCCUGCAGAAACGCACUGCACUUGCAAAUAAACAAGGUGACCUGGACUCAUUACCGGGGCAGCGGGAGAGAGCUACAGCCAUUCUCCUGGCCUGCCGACACCUACCACUUUCAUUCCUGUCGUCCCCCGGGCAGAGAGCAGUCAUGCUUGCCGAAGCUGCCCGAACUCUUGAGAAAGUGGGCGACCGCCGUUCUUACCACGAUUGUCAGCAAAUGAUGGUAAAGCUGAGUGGCGGCACUGCUAUGGCAGCCUCCUGAAAAGAACACUCGCCAAGAUCUGUCCAAUAAAACAUCAACUUUUUUCAGGCAGGAACAAACAAUGUUGUCUGGGUUGAACAUAUUCAAUAUUUUAAGAGGUUAAAACCCAGAGACUUCACAGCUCAGUGGGGUUUUCAAUGAUGUCAACUAUUGAGUCUCAAGAAGGGAUCUCCUCCAGGAUUGUAGAGAUAAAUUGAAGUGGACCAUGCUUUGCUUUGUAAUAUACAUUUUCUGAGCAUCACACCUUGAUAAUAUUUAAGUCUCUUUUUUUUAUAGUUCACCUCAUUCUCAGGGUACAUGUAAUAUAGUGCUUUUUUCAGCCCUCGCCUCUACAGGCUCAUAGCAAUGAGAUUGCUACAGUUAUAUAUUUCCCAUUUCCUACAUUGAAGGCAUUUUCAACUGUCACUGACAUUUCUUAUGUCAAAGCUCUACUCACACAUGUCCUGUAGCUGCAUACAAAUCCCUUGGUUAACAUGUACCAAAGCUAGCAGAAAGAACUGAAGAUCAGGACAUAAAACUCCUGUCUUUCUCUGCCAAAGAGCUUUACAUUAAAAAUAUCCAGAUCUCCUGGUUAACUCUUACUUGUUUAGCUUUCGAACCCUACAUGAUGCACGGAUUUGCCAUAUUUAAAUAUGGCUUUUUUCUUCCCUGUUUACCGGUCUGGUGCAGUUGGCUUAUAGGCUGAGCUUGUUACUGUUACCUGCUCCUUAAAUACCUUAUGGGAAAAAAACAACAUAUUCCUUGAGAAAAUAAAACUGGGCUGUAAAAGAUAAAAAAUAAUAUUAAAAUCAUGGAUUGUUUAGAAUUAGAUAUAUCAUUCCUGCUUAGCCCAUUUUCUACUGCAGAUUAGUUCAUUGCAGCACUGUGAUCUAUAUGUAGUUUGCAUUACUGAUAAAUAUGUAGAAUGGCAUAGAUCAAAGCUUAACCAGGAAAUGCAAAUCUAUGGAGUUGGCAGUCAAGCCCCUGGCAGCACACACCAUAGAAUUGCAUUUUUUACGGCAGUCAAGCGGUCACUGCAACUGCUAUGAAAGCUGCUCGUAAGUGUUGGCACUAUUCUGUUGUACUUGCAUUCUUGCUGCUCCUUAAUGUUUGGCACUAUUCUGUUGUACCCUGGCUUUCUUGAGUCUUUCAUGGCACUCAUCUAAAAUGCUUGCACAAAUUCUUGGAUAUGUGCCUUGUUCUGAUAUAUAUACUUGAGCUCUGUAGCGCUUUAUAGCAGCUGGAAAUAGUUUACCCAUGUAAAAUGUGUUACUUCUGGGUAUAAAAAAUGGAUCGGUGUGGUAAAGCAGCCUAAAAUCCCAUUGAAUAAUAUUCCUUAAAGUAAGAAUGGUAAUGGUUAAUAAUUGUUACUGAUUUUAAAUAAAGGGAGACUGCUGUAUAUUUUUAUGUAGUUAAUUUAAACCAUAAUAACUUGUGUGUAGUGAGCCAAGCUGCUUUUUCACCAUCUGCUUUGGUUAUGCUCAAUCCUCUGUACCCCAAAUGUUCCUGGGAAGCUGCCUAGCUCAUUACUUUCGGCAACAAGUUUGGAGAGGACUUGGUUCAUUUGCAUCAUCGCAUGUAUGUAAAUAACUCUUUCAUGUAUUUAUUUUUUUAAAUAAAUGUACAUGAUACUAUGCCUCAGCAAGGAGGGAUAGUACUGCUGUUUUACCCUGUGAAUCACAAUUGUAUAUUCCUUACGAACACAAAUUUGGAGAAAUGUGGUAUAUUACAUUUUUAUUUACAAAGCAAUUUUUUUCUAGAAUAAACUGACAUUUUGUAAGGUGA